CCCCAUCACCUCCCCUCCCCAUGUCCUCCCUCUCCCCUCUCUCCCACUCAGAGCAUCGAGCGACGCAUACACUCAGGAAGACACUACCCGUACCCCCUGAUGGCAAGAAUGCCACGCGAGAGAUGGAACGAUUCUGCACAUUGUCCCCUGGUGGCGAAGAUGCGCAUAUUUGCGUAAGAAACAUGAAUCAUGAGCCUAAGGCGAGUACUUUGUGGUUUACUCUUGAUCAUCGGAGGAUAUGUCAGUACCAGGGGGCAGCUAUGACCAUGCUAACCAAUAUUGACGUAUAUGUGUCACAAUACCCCAAUCGUCCUUCGCAAACUAGGAUGCCUAGUGCCAAACAUGUUCGCUGUUAUGCCCUUACUUUCAUGACACCGCGCACGAUGCGAAGGCCUCGGGAUCACUUACGACACUGCCUCCAAAACGGUGCGACAGACAUGGCAGAGUUCGAAGUGUGUUCCAUACCUAGACUUUCUGACAAUGGACAUACGCCCAGUCGUUUCCUGGAAGUGGAAUUUUUAGCGCAGAAAGUGCGUUUCUUGACGAAGCACACUGCAAACAAACCUCCAAGGACAAGAACCGCAGUGUGGCCUUCGGCGUCUUUUCAAGAUGCCCCUACGUCGUGAGGAAAUCGUGAAGAGCGCUCUUCAUUCUCGAAGCCUUUUCUACCCGAGGAAAUGAUGGUAAGUGUCUUGGCAGUGAUAGGUGGGAUGUCUUCAGACGAGCAGUCAUGCAUGCACGUGACCUAGACCAAGGGCAUUCAAGGAAAGAAUACCGUGCGUUCCGCUUGUGAGGUUCGUUAUCUGCACCUAAGUAUUCAUCUCGAUAGUCCUGCAACUUGUUGAUCGUUGAAGUACUAUCGUUGAGCCCCAGGUACAUCGGUUGGACCUUCCGCGUACCGUUCGGAUAACGGAUUGCGUCGCGCCAAUGCCCAUUAUUCGAUUUCAGUUCCAGUGGAUCCUAUCACCGCAGUAGAGUAUGUCAAGUCAUGGUGGAAGCGGGACCGGGCAGAGAG